AUGCGUAUCUUACGUCGUUCUGAAGUUGUGCUCGCCCCGGACACGCGACGUUCCAUCUUUGCAGCCGUCGCCACCGCCAGUGCCCCGGCCUUGCGCUGGAUGGACUUUAUCACAUCGUUUGACAUUCGACUCGAGAAGGAUGUUUACUACGCGGGGGAGGCUGUAGUCGGGUGUGUGGUGCUUGAAAAUUCGGAACCCAUCAAAAUAAGAGGUGAGUCAUUAAUAAAGUAAUUUCAAAAAAGUAUUCAUUUUUCCCUGAUUAGUUUUAUAACAAAUCAUGAUCUGAUUUUAGGAGUACGCGUAUUUCUACGAGGUCGAGCCCGAGCUCAGUGGAAAGUCCUCAAAUCCGGGGAAAGUCGGACCCUCAAAGAUGAUCAAUAUCUAUUAGAUGAGAAGUAUGUAAUCUGGGGAAAAGGUAGGCCUUUCUCUUUAUCUCAUCUCUUUAGAUAAACACGAUGACCCUGAGGGCAUCCAGAUCCUUCCUCGCGGACUCCACCAAUUCAAUUUCACUUUCCAACUUCCCCAGAGUCAGCUUCCCUGUUCUCUGGAAACCAAAGCCGGUACCAUCAGAUAUUAUGUUAAAGUCAUCAUCGACAUUCCCUACGCAAGUUCCCCUCAGGGCAUCAAAUACUUCACUUUUGUGGGACCUCAUAUUGACUGUAUGGACGAGAAAUACCUGACUCCGUUAACUGGACAGGACCAUAAAGUUCGAUGUUUCCAAUGCUGUCGGAGAGGAAUGAUCGCCCUGAGGGUAACGUUGGAGAGGACGGCAUACUGUUGUGGGGAAAAUCUCAAACUCCGAGCGCAUAUCGAAAAUCAUCAAGACUUUUCAAUCACACUCUGCACACGGCUGUAUCAAGUAAGUGUUGUCGUAGCUAUGUAAUAUCCUUUUAUCAUAUUUCAUAUGAAAUAAUUUCAAAUCCUAUUUAGCACGUAGAAUACAGGAUAGAGCGAGGCACCAGUGAAGUGAAGAGUGUGGUGAGCAUGGUGCUAGAACACCGAUCGCCAGCCAUUGCCGAGAAUUCGAGGGUCAAGUUCGAUUCCUCCGAUGCUCAACCCAUUAAACUGCCGAUUGUUCCGCCCACUAUGGUCGGGGUUUGUCGACUCAUACAGGUCUAUUAUGUGCUAAAGGUAAGAAGAAUAUCAUUAAUUUUUUUAAAUUAUUUUGCUUGAAAACAAAAAAUAUUACUUUAGGUUUGCAUCGAAGAUGAGCGCAAAAAUGAAUCCUUGGAAAUGGAUUUCCCGAUUACUGUGGCGACAGUCCCUUACCGAGCAAAUCAAACCCAAGUAUAUUCGGUGACAUACGGUAGGAUUACAGUAACUUCAUCAAAAAGAUCAAAAUCAAUGUCACCUAAAAUAACAUCUUUGCAGAUUUCUGUGUGGAUUACAUCGAAACGGGCAAGUACAUCUCCACAGAGUUUAGAUUAGGCCAUGUGUAUGAUGGGGACAACGGGACAUCGGAAGAAGUGGAGGACAUUAUUCUUUACCGGCCGGUUUAUGUUACCGUAGCUCACAAAGCUCGUAUGGACAAAUUAUUGGUAAGACGAAUGCUCCAAAAAAAUUUCAGGAGCAUUUUCACGGUUGUUUUUAUUGUCUUACAAUAAAUAAUUUUCCAGGAUUCUCGACUUUCGGAUUCCCCUCAAUCAAUUCGAGAAUUGCCCAAAGAUGAGACCACUAAAGAGCUCCCAAUUACAACACAAUCAGUCGAUCAGAUCGCUGAGAAUAUUAUCCAGCCUGCCAAUGGAGAUCUCAGCCCACGGGGCACUCUCGAAGAUAGUAGCAACGAGGUCAUUCAACUCUAUUAA